AGUGAUUAUUAAUCUCUCCCAUCUCUCUCUUUCCCUCUCUCUGUCUCUCUCUCUCUCUCUCUCUCUCUGUCCUCUGCAUUACAUCACUCCACUUGAAGGGGCUGAAAGUUCAUUAAAGUACUCAAGCUAGGUGUUACAGGUUUGCAGAAAUGUAUGCUGAAACUGGACUUGUCUUCCCUCACUACCAGAGUUUUGCUCUAGAUAUUCAACCACUUGAUGACUUCUGGCACUCUCACAAACCUAAUGUCCUGGCUUUAUUUUCCAGUUCUUUUCAAGGAAGGAGAUACUGGCUGUUUCUUUAUUUAAAGUCCUCCACUGUACUGGACUACGACCUUGGGGCUGAAGGGGAUCUUUUCGAAGCACCUAAACCGGUUUUUGAGGAACCGAUGGUAGCCCUUGACCCCAUGAUAGCUGCCAUAUCAAUGAUUUCAACAGCAGAGGAUGUCGAUAUUGAUUUAAUGCAAAAUGAGCAACUUCUGAGUGAGGUUUUUUGUGAAUUUAAGAAGGAUCUCAUGGCGAAUGAAGCUACUGGAACAUCACUAUCCGAGGUCUUGCAAAUCCAGAUUCCUGUUGCAGCAGCUGAAGAUCCUACUAGAGAGGAUAAAGUGCUUCCACAGAUCAACAUACCUAAAAGUGCUAGUUCAGAAUGUCUAAACUCUACGGGAUGGAUACAUGGGAAUUCACUAACAGAAAACUAUCUGGAGUAUCCAGGACUGGACUUCGGUGCUAUCUAUGCAAUGCGAAGGUCAUAUAGUGAAGGAGACAUUAAGACUCUUGGCAAUGGAAGCGUGAGCAUCAUCCAGUCACCCAUCGGACAACCUCAGAAGUGGGGAAAAAUCUCUAGUGAAAUCCGCCAGGAAAAGCUGUCUAGAUACAGGACUAAGAAGGCAAAACGGAACUUUGGCAGGAAAAUCAAGUAUGCUUGCAGGAAGGCUUUAGCUGACAGUCAGCCAAGGGUCCGCGGAAGGUUUGCAAAGACAGACGAAUCUGACAUCACGAAAAAGUAAAAACUCUAGACUCUGAUCAGUAAGAAGAAAUCUCAGGAGCUAGCAUGAUGAGGUAAUGUAAGCGAUCAAUGGUACUGAAAGCUUAGCAUCAUAGCAUGAACUAGUGAAAACUAUCAGGCGUUUUCGUAAUAAGCCAGUAGAACAACUGAAAAUUAGCUGGUCUCUAUGUUAGUUUCAAUAAUCUCCUCCACGGAAUCAAAUGUUCAACUGAAAAUGUUCAUUUAGUUGGAAAAUAAUUCCUCUGUAGAUCCAAAUAUCAGGUAACUGUGCUGUAAAUAAGUACGUAUAUGUUGAAGUUAAAUAAACUGAAAGAUUGUUGUACAAGUA